AUGGCGCCCAAACGAAUUAACACAAGACAACGGCUCAUGACUGAGUUGAUGAGCUGCCAGGAGGAGAAUGACACAUAUUUGUACCUACGUCUUGUCAAUGACGAGGACCUGCUACGCUGGGAAGCUGUAUUGAAAGGUCCAAAUGGGACACCGUACGAGGGUGGACGUUGGCACCUUGAUAUCACAAUUCCUACGGAUUAUCCUUACACACCACCGAACAUCCGCUUCACGACCAAGAUCGUGCAUCCGAAUAUUGAAUUCCAAACAGGCAAGAUCUGCUUGUCGUUGCUAGAUUCAGAAUGGAGUCCGGCUGGCGCUGGGGGUCUCUCGGGCACACUCACAACUAUUCAGCAGUUGUUGAUGGAUCCAAAUUUAGAUUCGCCACUGAAUCCUGAUGUCGCAGUUCUACUGCGCAACGGUGAUAUUGUUGCUUGGGAGAGUUUUAUCCGGUACUGGACUGAAGCGGAGCGGUGGGAGGAAGGUGUGAGUGCUGGACGGUGA